AUGAAAAAACUAUUCAAUGCUUAUCUCAAGAGAUAUGUAUUAUUCCUUUAUUUGUUUUUACUUUUAUUUAUAUGUAUAAAAAAAUAUCGUACUUUUACUGUUCUACAAACUAAUUGUAACAAAAAUGAAAAUAUAAUAAGACUAAACAAAUUAAUUUCAAUCAAUAAUAAGAUUUCUCGAAGAAAAGCAGAUAAAUUUAUACAAAAUGCUAACAUAAAAAUUAAUAACAAAAUUGUUUUAAAUCCAGGUACCCAUGUUGAUAUAGCUAAAGAUCAAGUAAAAGUUAAUGAAAAAAAAAUUAACAUACAAAAUAUUAAAAAAAUUAUAAAUAAUUAUAAAAUUUCUAGUACUAAUCAAAGCACAUACAAAUGGAUCGUCUUACAUAAACCUAAAGGAUUGUUAUGUACAAAUCAGGAUGAAAAAGAUAGAAAAUCGAUAUUUUCCAUUUUUCCUGAUGACUUAUUACAAAAAUAUCGUAUAGUAUCCGUUGGCAGAUUAGAUCGAAACACCUCUGGAGUUCUACUCUUAACAAAUGAAUACGCCUGGAUAAACAAAUUAACACAUCCAAAAUAUGAACGAGUAAGGAAAUAUAUGAUACAUAUUGAAGGUCCUGUACGAAUGGAUGCUCUUAAAACGCUAGCUGACGGUGUAUAUUUAAAAGAUGAAUAUGAUAGUAAAAAAAAAAAUCAAAAAACACAACCUGCUCUCAUUGAAGUUCUUAGAGAAGAAAAUGUUAACAUACAAAAUCAAAUUAAAAAAAUAAGUGUAUUAAAUAUUAGUAUAAAAGAAGGAAGAAAUAGGCAAAUUAGAAAAAUGUUUCAACAAAUAAAUCAACCAAUAAUUAAAAUUAAAAGAACUGCCUUUGAAAAUAUUACACUAAAAAAUAUACGUUUACCAAAACAAUAUAGAGAAUUAACAAAAAAGGAAAUAACAAGUUUAAAGACACGAGAUUUUUUAAACAACUAA